UGGCAUAAUAAAUGAAAUCCAAUAAUGGCCUCAUAUCUUGCGUUAUUCAAUGAUCCAAAAAGACUAUAAAAAUUUGAGUGACAAAUGAUGACCAAGAUCCCACGACUCUUCCCAUGGCUUCUUCACUGAAGAAGCUUAUCUCAAGCUUUCUACUUGUCUUGUACUACACCACCAUCAUUGUUGCUUCAUCAGAAUCUCGAUGUCGGCGUUUUAAAUCGAUCAUCAGCUUUGGUGAUUCCAUCGCCGACACCGGAAAUUAUCUCCAUCUCUCCGAUGUCAAUCAUCUUCCUCAAACCGCCUUUCUUCCUUAUGGCGAAAGCUUCUUCCAUCUUCCCUCCGGUCGUGCCUCUGAUGGCCGUCUCAUCAUUGACUUCAUUGCCGAAUUCUUGGGACUACCAUACGUAAUGCCUUACUUUGGAUCCCAAAACGUUAGCUUCGAACAAGGGAUCAAUUUCGCGGUGUAUGGAGCAACCGCAUUGGACCGAGCGUUUCUUGUGGGAAAAGGAAUUGAAUCUGAUUUCACCAAUGUUAGUUUAAGUGUUCAGCUUGACAUCUUCAAGCAGAUUUUGCCUAACUUAUGCGCCUCAUCUACUCGUGAUUGCAAAGAGAUUCUUGGAGACUCGCUGAUACUCAUGGGAGAGAUUGGAGGAAACGACUAUAAUUACCCAUUUUUCGAAGGAAAAAGUAUCAAUGAAAUCAAAGAGCUUGUUCCUCUAAUCAUCAAAGCUAUUUCUUCCGCAAUUGUGGUAACAAAUCUUUACAUUUCCCUCCCUCCAAUCACAAAAAUAAUCACAUUAUAUUUGUGUUUAUGUUUUAACAAAUUAAGCACAAAUCUACAGGAUUUGAUCGCUUUAGGGGGAAAAACAUUUUUGGUACCCGGAGGCUUCCCAGCAGGAUGUUCUGCGGCGUAUCUUACUCUAUUUCAGACCGUGGCAGAAAAAGACCACGACCCUUUCACAGGUUGUAUCCCAUGGCUCAACGAAUUUGGCGAGCACCACAACAAACAGCUAAAGACAGAACUCGAACGACUCCAAAAACUCUAUCCUCAUGUCAACAUCAUUUACGCUGACUACCACAACACCUUAUACAGGUUUUAUCAAGAACCAGCUAAAUACGGGUUUAAGAAAAGACCUUUGGCUGCUUGCUGUGGAGUCGGAGGUCAAUACAAUUUCACUAUUGGUAAAGAGUGUGGAUAUGAAGGAGUUAGCUAUUGUCAAAAUCCUUCUGAGUAUGUGAAUUGGGAUGGUUAUCAUUUAACCGAAGCCGCGUACAAGAAGAUGGCUGAGGGUAUACUCAACGGUCCCUAUGCCAUUCCUUCUUUCGAUUGGUCCUGCCUUGGCUCUGGUUCAGUGGAUAAAGAGUAUUCUUUCAGCAGUUAGAAUUCAUUUGUUGUGAAAAAAAAAGGAGGAAGAAACAGAUUGCUUGUACAGCAAGAUUUGACUAAUGACAAAAAUUUCGUUGAUAUAUGGCUAUAUGCAUAUAUCUUAUCACUGAAAAA